UAAAGCCCAAAACGAUAAAAAAUCCACAGCAAACGAUGAGACCGCGCACACCGUGUUGAAAUUUGACAGCUCUGAACUGUCAACGCAAUUGCCCAACGCUCGCUGGCUGAUAGGAGAUCAACACAAGCCAAACAACUUUCUCUGCAACCACAACAACAAUCCCGGCAUGGCCAAAUUCCAGUGAAAAGUACUCUUUCAAUUCGCUAUGCAUGCGUCGUAUGCAUAGCGUGUAGCAUAAUGUAUAUUGCGUGUAUAGUAAAUGUUCUUUAGUUAUCGUGUAAAAAGUGCGAUACGUGUACAGAGAAAGCAUGUCGAAAAGUGCGACCAACAAACUGGGCAACCGUAGCUUCCGGGUACCGGCAACCGUGUUGGCUCCGAAGACGCGGCGAGGUUUACAGCCGCUAGAUGGACGACCGAGUCCGGCAACAUCCAAUGUACGGCCACCGGUCGCCGUUCGGACGACGAAGCGGCGUGAUGAUACGAUCCAGCUAAUGGACAUGGAUAAUACGCUGCUCAAUGCGGUCGAUUUGGAUAGCAUCGAGAGGCCGCGGAUCACAUCGGCGGCUCCACCGGCCAUCACCACCACCACCACUAGAGCGCGAUCACCGUCGCUCAUUUCGUCCCGCGUUGCGCUGAGCGCUCAAAUGAAGCGAUCACAUUCGUUGGGAGCGGCCCAGGACAAAAUGGCGGCCAGCACUCCGAAGCGCCGAAAAUCGACCGCAGGAGGACGGACCAUCUUUGUCCUGCAGAUGAGCAUGGACGGAGAGGAGCUGGAAGGUGGCGAGCAGGAAGAGAACGUCUCUACCAAUCGUUCCAGCAUUACGAAGGAUAGUGGUUGCUCGGAACGGAAGACCAUCAACACCGGGUUCGAGGAUGAGGACGACGAGGACUAUCUGCUGGAUGUGAUGAUUCCGUGUGGGCAGCAGCAGCAGCAGGAGCAAGAGCAGCAACCCGAAACUACCGAUCAUUUCAUCCGCGAUAAGCUUCGACGGCUGAGCAGCGUUCAAGGCGCGCCGCCAUCACAGCUCUGUGUCGAAGAUCACGCAUUUGAGGUGUACACAAACCGUGCCAUCUGCUCGCAGUAUAUGAGACUCGAUCAAACCGUGGUGGAUGAGGGCGUGGAGAAGAUUGAUCCAGUAUUCGGAUCCCAGCGUGAUGCUGUCUGCCAUACGUCCCCGUUGUUGAGUUCGUCGUUGCGGGUUGCGCACGACAGCGAGCAGCAUCGGCUGCAGGUGAGCGAAGUGCAGCGUAUUUUUGCCAACUGCGAACGGACACUGCUCGACCUGACGAAUAUCGUCCCGGAAGGGGGCAGCGGCAGUGGUGGUUCGCCGCAGCCCAAGAUUUCGUCGAGCCUGGCAGCGAUCAACUGGGACGAGGAGAUCCAUCAGCCGGCGAUUGCACCGCCGUCCAUCGGUCCGCCCCGGGUUUCCUCGCUCUUCCUCGAGAAGGGUCCGUUUUACGGGUUACCCAACACCGUCCGACGAAUCUUACAUGACUUCCGCGGUAUAGAUGGUCUUUACGAUUGGCAGCGCGAAUGUCUUGCACUGCCAGCGAUACAGGAGCGCAGGAAUCUCAUCUACGCACUGCCUACCAGCGGUGGUAAAACGUUGGUCGCCGAAAUACUGAUGCUGCGGGAGAUUAUCUGCCGGCUGCGGAACGUGCUGUUUAUUGUGCCGUACGUGUCGCUGGCGCAGGAAAAAAUGAUCGCCCUCAGUCCGUUUGCGCUGGAGCUGCAGUUCCUGCUGGAGGAGUACAGCGGAGGCAAGGGACAGUGUCCGCCCCGCAAGCGACGCAAGAAGAACACGAUCUUUGUGUGCACGAUCGAGAAAGCGUUGCUGCUGAUGGAUUCCUUGGUGCAAGCGGGUCGUGCGAACGAAAUCGGGCUGAUCGUGAUCGAUGAGCUGCACAUGAUCGGUGAACAGCGUCGUGGCGCCUGUCUGGAGAUGCUCAUCACGAAGGUGCUGGUGCUGCGUGCCGGCAUCCAGAUCGUGGGCAUGAGCGCUACCAUCGGCAACCUUACGGAGGUGGCCCGGUUUAUGCUGGCGGAUGUUUACAGCCGUGAUUUUCGCCCGGUUGAGCUGAAGGAGUACGUCAAGUGUGGGGAAGAUAUGUACGAGGUGCGCAGCCGGGAACAGGCGGGCCACGCGGAGAAUGUUUUCGGCGAAAAGCGGGCGCUCGAGUUCCCGGAUUGUGCCGAAGAAUUGCGGCGCAUCGAUACGGAUCAUGUGGUGCGGCUGAUACUGGAGGUGAUUCCCGACAGCUCGUGCCUGGUGUUUUGUCCCACCAAAAGCAAAUGUGAGAGUUUGUGUGCGAUGUUGGCGAACCAUCUGCCGCCUCGGUUAGCAGAGCACAGGGCGGACGAGAGGGAGCAGAUCAUCCGAGCCCUUAAAGAAGAUGGUUCGAUUGCGCCGAUUCUUCCGCUAGCGUUCCGUGUCGGUGUGGCGUACCAUCAUGCCGGGCUAACGCAGGACGAGCGUCGCACGAUCGAGGAUGCGUAUCGUGCCGGAAUCCUUUCGCUGAUCGUGUGCACCUCAACGCUCGCCGCUGGGGUAAAUCUUCCGGCGCGGCGUGUCAUCAUACGCUCGCCAUACAUCGGGAACAGCUUCCUCACGCUCAGCCGCUACAAGCAGAUGGUGGGACGUGCGGGUCGGGCCGGUUUCGGCGAAACGGGUGAUUCGAUCCUGAUCUGCACCCAGCGCGAUAUACCGCAGGUGUGUGAGAUGCUUUGCGCCCCGAUGGACGUAGCCGAAUCGUCACUGUUAGCCGAUGAUCGUGCGCACUUCAAGUCGCUCAUACUUAGCGCCAUCGGGCUGGAGCUUUGCGAGACGCGGGAAGCAUUGCAGGCACUCGUGCGAUGCACCCUGCUAGCACAGCAAGCCACUCGACGGUCCAUCGAUCUCGAAGCGGUCACGGACGAAACGAUCGUCCAGCUCUACCAAGGCAACGCGAUCAAGGCGCGACAUGACAGUUGCCUGCGCAAUCCUCCCAACAUGCUGGUGGAAAUUGAAUCCGACAAAGAAACGCAAACUCUAGCGGCGAAAUCGGCUGGCAGCGCACAGUACGAAAGCUCCGCCGCCGGACCGGUGUUUGUCCGGGUGCACAAAGCAGCAGCACACCCGGGGAAGGUAGUUAAAACGAUUCAGCGAACCAGUCCGCUGGAAGUGAAUCGGCUUGGGAAGGCAGCAAUCCGGGCGGGAUUCGAUAUGGAGCGAGCCGUUCGAUUUUACGACGAGAUGAAGACGCUUGGCGAGCGUUUGUGCGUGCUGGACGAGUACGACCUGCUUCAUUUGAUUCUGCUCGAGGAUGGUCGCGAGGUGCAGAUGAAGCAGGAUGAUUUCAUCAUCUUGGUAAACCAAUUUACAAACGAGCAACUGAAGAUCGCUGAACGAUACGGUAUCAACAACGGGCUGAUUGCCAAGAUUCUUACGCGCCGGUCAACGUCCGGUGACACGCAGUACAGAAUGAUGCGCUUCAUCCGGCUGCUCAUCGUGCACGAGCUGUGGAAACAAACCGCACUGCAGGAUGUGGCCCACCGGUACCACGUGAACGCUGGCUCGCUGCAAACACUGAUGACCAGCACGGCUGGUACGGCUUACAGUCUGCUGCGGAUGUGCGAGGAGAUCCCGGAGCUGUGGGCCUUCAAGCACCUGCUGACGGGUAUGACGGAGCGAUUGACACACUAUUGCACGCUGGAGUUGCUUCCACUGCUAGAGCUACCUUCGGUGAAGCUGGGUCGCGCCAAGCAGCUGUUCCGUGCAGGGUACACCACACUAGCAUCAAUCGCCCGUGCCAAAUCGAAGGAGCUGGUCGAAACGAUCGAACAUCUCAACUACCGCUCCGCGAAUCAAUUGAUCCUUAGCGCGAAGGCCAAACUGAUGGAAGAGGUCGACGCGCUACGCGAACAGGCGGAGGAGUAUCUUUCCCAGCUGAACCGUUAGAGUGCAUCUUUCGUCACGAUCUGUCGGUGUUUUUCUUUCUUCUCCGCGCGAGUCGUAGUUUUGUUUGUUUAGAAUUGAAGAAAACUUAAUGAAGUUGGACUGAACUAAGAAAAAGUGAACUAAAAACGACCAAAUGAUGAAGAGACUGGCGAAUUAUAGUUGGAGAGGCUGUUUGCUUUAAAAGCUCAUCCUCCUCCGCCCGGUAGCGUACACAAACGGAACACAAGCGCAAAGCGGUUCAGUGAUCCUGUACUUAUUUGUAUUCUCAUUAGCAUUAUUUGAACUUAACGAACCUCUUAGCCGAAAUCCUGCUGCACUAAAUAAAGCAAAGGAGCAAUUCUUCUUCUUUUCCAACCA